GUCUUUCUUGCUGAGCAUUCGGCUUCACACUUCUUGCCGACAACCGACAACAACAGCACACACUCACACACACACACACACACUCACACACACACACAUUAUUAACAACACUACACAACAUCACAAAACCAGAACCGACACCCAAAACGAUGAGUGCGAUCGGCUCGGCAGACGAUGGCAUUGCGCCACUGCAUAUUGCCGCCGACCGAGGCAACGCCGAGUGCGUGAACACCCUGCUCGCGUUCGACGCCGAUAUCAACAUUGCCAACGUGUCUGGCGCCACCCCGUUGCACUGGGCAGCGCGUCGUGGCAAGACCCAGGUGGUCAGGCUGCUGUGUUCGCACGGAGCCAAAGUCAAUCCCAAAGACACGAACAAUCAAACACCAUUGGCAUACGCCCUCAAGAACAACCACCCAGAAACCGUCCAGGCGUUGAUCGAACUCGGCGGCGACAUUAACGCACUCAAGUGCCAAGACCCGUUCAGCGCAAAACUGGCCACACUCAAGUUGGACUCGACGAGCACCCAAAUUCUCUCGCUCAAGCAGCUGUGCAAGAUUUCCAUCCGCGACCACUAUCGUUAUACUCAAACUGCCAGACUGACAGAUGUUUCAGACGAUUUGCGCGAGUUUCUGGGUGCGAUCGAUCCGCCAGAAAUGGCUGCGCUCCGAUUGCAAUGAUGAUGGUGUUUUUUUGUGACAAGUUUUGUGCUGCGGUGUGUUUGGCAAGGUUUGAACUUGUUACACCCCAACCGAUAUCUGUUAGCUCAAUGCUCCAUAUACUUCGUAUCUACCUA